CCAACUCCACUCUGCUUAGCGUAUUACUCUGUUCCCACACCCACCAGCAUGUCCGAUCCUCAAUUUGACAUAUCCCACCUAUCUGCAGCUGCAAUUUCCAUAGAAGGCAGGCAUUUUAUCGACUCGCACGGGAGAGUCUUACACCUGCGGGGUGCCAACGUUUCCGCUGCAAGCAAAGUACCUGCGUUCCCUGCGCCUAAAAUUCACGAUCAUGCGCAGGCCAAUUAUGUCGGAAGGCCGUUCCCGCUGGAGGAGGCUGAUGAGCAUUGGGCGAGGCUCAAAUCAUGGGGUUUGACAUUUGUCAGGUUAACCGUAACUUGGGAAGCGCUCGAACACAAGGAAAGAGGUGUCUAUGACGAAGAUUAUCUUGCGUACUUGAGGGCGUUGCUUCAAAGCAUGGAGCCUUAUGGGCUCGUCGCAUACAUUGCUCUUCAUCAAGAUGUAUGGUCAAGAUACUGCGGAGGAUCUGGGGCACCCGGAUGGACGCUAGAAGCGGCGGGGUUUGACCUUUCAAAUGAGGGCGAGAAUUUGUCCUUGUCUGGUGCCGCCUUCCUUGACGGCAUCAAGAGUGGAAGGCUCGCAGGAGAGAGGGGCUUAUGGCCAACUGGCUACCAAAAGCUGGCUGCGGCUACUAUGAAUACUUUAUUUUGGGGUGGAGAGACGUUUGCGCCUUCGCUCAGAGUAUCCGCCCAAAAUGAUGGGAAAUGGGUGUCUCGCAACAUCCAGGUAUACUUACAAGACGCCUUCCUUGCUGCUACCGCCAAGCUUGUGAAGGCCGUAGGUGAUCUUGAGACAGUCGUCGGUUUUGAACUUAUGAACGAACCCCAUCCUGGGUUCAUUGGUAUCCAAUCUAUUCACGAAUGGGACUAUACUACUGAUCUUCAUUUGGGUCAAUUCCCCUCUCCGCUUCAAUCAUUCUCUAUGGGUGCCGGCCACCCCACUCCCAAUGUACCUGUUUAUACUCGUUCUUUCCCUUUCCCAACCCGUAUAACAUCUCACGUGACGGCCAACCCUGAAGGAGCUUGCGCCUGGGCAAGUAAGGAAUGCCCUUGGGAGAAGCAUGGUGUUUGGCGGUGGAGUGAAGCAAGGCAGGAGGCUGCUGCUUUGCAGCAAGACUACUUUGUAAAGAACCGGGAUGGAGGCAAGGUUGAUUUUUACGAAGACUUUUAUUUCCCAUUUGUGAGAAAGUGGGAGCAAGUGGUCGAAGAGAAUACUUCCUCAACCAAGGGAUUGAAAGCCAGAAUGGUGGAAGCAAUUCCCAACGAGCUUUGCCCAGAGUGGAAAGAGGAGUCGCGGCCCAAGAAUAUGGUCUAUGCGCCUCAUUGGUAUGAUCUAAACACAUUGUUCAAGAAGAAGUUUGGGUUCAUGUCAGUUAAUGUUCAAGGCCUUGCUCGGGGCAUGUUUAUUCUUCGAGCGCUGUAUUUUGGCACUGCUGCCGCCAAAGCCAAUUAUGCUCUUCAGAUAAAGACCAUCGUCCUUGCUGCUCGACUUAAACUUGGGCCCGUACCUGUGAUCUUUGGUGAAUGCGGUGUUCCCAUGGACAUCAACAAUGAGGAAGCCUUUAGGACGGGAGACUGGAAAUGGCAAGAACGGUCUAUGGAUGCUGUUAUUUCUGCGAUGGAAGGCGCAUUAAUGGGAUUCAAUUUGUGGACCUACAAUCCUGCCAAUCGCGACGAUAUUGGUGAUGAUUGGAAUGCGGAGAAUUUUUCCUGGUAUUCAGAAAGUAAUCGCACCAAGCUCCUUCAGGAUGCCGAAAAAAGCUCCGACUGUCUUGACGUUGGAGCUCGUCUGUUGAAUGUUAUUGUUCGCCCUUACCCGAUCGCCACCGCUGGUAACCCAACUUCUCUUGCUUACGACGCAAACGCUUGUACUUUUACAUAUCGUUUCCGAUCUCCUUUGAGGGUGUCAACCGCGGCUCCCACUCCCGAAGAAUACACCGAGAUCUUCCUUCCUCGUCGCGUAUUCCGAAAAGAGUCCACAGAAUGGACAGUCACAGCUGGGGGCAAAGUCCAUGUUGACUGGGAGAAAGAGCGAGCAUUCGUGUGGUUCGAGGACUCAAGUUUGACGGCAGCAAGCAUCAAGGAAGACACGAGGUCGCGCCGAAUCGAUAUUUGGGUAACAGGCCAAAAGGUAGAGGAAAGUUGGUCCACUGCACAAAUCCUGGUGACAGUGGCGAUCUUGCUGCUGGGUGUGCUGGUGGCAUAUUACGCACAGCUCUACGAAUGGGAGAAAGAUAAGACGAUCUUCCAACACCUGAGGGAGACCAAUGGAAUGUAGAUUUUCAUACAAUGUGAU